ACAAAAAGUGAUUAAAACAAGUUUCCGAAAAACACGAGGAGCUGACCCUGUAUGCAAAUUUAAUCGGAAUAUAUAGUCUUAAAAAGAUGUCAACUUCGAUUUUUUUCUGACGUUUGUUCCUUGCGGGCCGCCGUAGCGUUCUUAGUUAAGGGAACCAUGUGACUAUGAUGUCAUCGGAUGAGGAAGUACCUCUCUGAAUAAGGGUGUACUGGGGGUGAUGGCAUCUUAUAAAAAGCUUAUAUGAAACCAUAACAUUGAGACUUAAUUAAGAAACAAUUUAUAUAAACUCUAAACAGUAACUGGAAAAGGACUGAGAUGGAAGGAUUUUCAUGUUCUCUUCAGCCACCAUGCCCAGUGCCCAAGUCUCUGUGGCUGGGCUGCUCCAGCCUGGUGGACAGCAUGCCCUCCCUGCAGUGCCUGUAUAACCCAGGGACUGGCGCACUUACAACUUUCCAGACGGCCUCAGAGAGAGAAGACUGUAACCGGGAUGAACCGCCUAGGAAGAUAAUACCAGAGAAAAAUACACUUAGACAGACAUCCAACAACUGUGCCAGUUUGUGCAUAACCCAAGAUACCGUUUGCUUGUCUGGCUCUGCUAUGAAGACAGAAAGUUGUGUAGUUAAAACGAAACUUGCCAAUGGCACUUCCAGCAUGAUUGUGCCCAAGCAGCGAAAGCUGUCAGCAAAUUACGAGAAGGAAAAAGAGCUAUGCGUCAAGUAUUUUGAGCAGUGGUCCGAGUGCGAUCAAGUAGAGUUUGUUGAGCACCUGAUAUCUCGAAUGUGCCACUAUCAGCAUGGACAUAUAAAUACAUACCUUAAGCCAAUGUUACAAAGGGAUUUCAUCACCGCACUACCAGCCCGCGGACUAGAUCACAUAGCAGAAAACAUACUAUCAUACCUGGAUGCAAGGUCUUUGUGUUCCGCAGAACUGGUAUGUAAGGAGUGGUACCGAGUGACCUCAGAUGGAAUGCUCUGGAAGAAGCUCAUAGAGAGGAUGGUUAGGACAGAUUCUCUUUGGAGGGGACUGGCAGAAAGAAGAGGAUGGGGUCAAUAUCUAUUUAAAAACAAACCUCCAGAUGGGAAAACACCACCAAAUUCAUUCUACAGAGCACUUUACCCAAAAAUUAUUCAAGACAUAGAGACAAUAGAGUCCAACUGGCGCUGUGGGAGACACAGCUUACAAAGAAUUCACUGCAGGAGUGAAACAAGCAAAGGGGUGUACUGCCUGCAGUACGAUGAUCAGAAGAUAGUAAGUGGACUCAGAGAUAACACCAUAAAGAUCUGGGAUAAGAAUACUUUGGAGUGCAAACGAGUGCUGAUGGGCCACACUGGGUCAGUUCUCUGCCUGCAGUAUGAUGAGAGAGUAAUCAUAACCGGCUCUUCUGACUCUACCGUCCGGGUUUGGGACGUAAACACAGGAGAAAUGUUGAACACUCUGAUUCACCACUGUGAGGCUGUGCUACAUUUGAGGUUUAACAAUGGUAUGAUGGUCACCUGCUCCAAAGAUCGUUCCAUUGCAGUGUGGGACAUGGCCUCUGCCACAGAUAUCACAUUACGAAGAGUUCUAGUAGGCCACCGAGCUGCCGUAAAUGUGGUGGACUUUGAUGACAAGUACAUAGUCUCUGCCUCUGGUGAUCGAACAAUAAAGGUUUGGAACACCAGUACAUGUGAAUUUGUGCGGACAUUGAAUGGCCACAAGCGUGGUAUUGCUUGCUUACAGUAUCGAGAUAGGCUUGUGGUGAGUGGUUCUUCUGAUAACACAAUCAGAUUGUGGGACAUUGAAUGCGGAGCAUGUUUGCGGGUUCUGGAAGGACAUGAAGAACUGGUUCGAUGCAUUCGCUUUGAUAACAAGAGAAUAGUCAGUGGAGCAUAUGACGGGAAAAUUAAAGUGUGGGACCUUGUCGCUGCUUUAGACCCCCGUGCACCUGCAGGGACCCUGUGUCUCCGGACUCUUGUGGAGCAUUCGGGCAGAGUUUUCCGCCUGCAGUUUGAUGAGUUCCAGAUAGUAAGCAGCUCUCACGACGACACUAUCCUCAUCUGGGAUUUUCUCAACGACCCAGCUGCACAUGCAGAGUCAACGCGUUCCCCUUCUAGAACAUACACGUACAUCUCCAGAUAAAUGACACUACGUAGUACCUCAGAGUUGCACAGGACUUGCUUGAGAAGUAUGGUAACUAAACCACCUGUGAACGCCGGGAAAUAAACAUUCUACUUGACCAGUAUUUGCUGAAAAAAAAAAAAUAUAGAGAGAGAGACCCAUUAUCCUGACUCAUCCUGGAAUAUUGCUGUCAGGCAGCUGGAAGCAGCCCGGGCCAAUCUGCACAGUGGACUGCAUGAUUGCUGCCAUGAGAAGAAUUCUUGUAUCUCCGUCAUUGUCACCGGAGUCUGCAACUUAUUGCGUGGCGGUGGGUUGCACACUCCAGUGGCGGCGGCUCAUUACUCAAAACUUGCAAUUUAGAGAUGAAACCUGAGAGACUGUAGCAGUCACAGAUCUUUGAAAUCUAUUUAAAUGUCUUGCCAGGAUUCCUGUUGCUUCGCUGUCAGCAAAAGAACAAUUUUCAUUUUUGUCCCACGCUCACGCUGCUUUAAGGUGUGGUUCCAUUCGGAGAUCUGCUGAACGUUUUGCAAGUACUUGUGAAGUGAAAAGCGGGAAAUGGGUUACUUUCUUUUAAGAUGAUGACUAAGACCCCCCCAAGUGAUAUAAAAAUGUAUGUUUUUAUCAUAGUAAGCAUGAAAGGUUAUUUUUUAUUUAUUAUUUUUUUUUUCCAUUAAUUUUUUCAUUCUUCAGUGUUUGCGUGUAUAUCCAGUUUUUCUUUUUUUUCCUUUUUUUUUUUUUUUUGCAUAUAGUACCAAAUCAAGUGUUGUAGUUAUCUGUAUAGUUCUUUAUGGGCCAUUAAAAGCUUAGAAAAAAAAUAAACUGAUUAGAGAUGUUCUUAUCACAUGGCACAAGGGUAAGGAUAGCGCAAAACUCACUUUCCCUCUUGGUAUGUGUCUCCAUUUAAGUGUCUCCUCUUAUUUUUCUAGUGAGGGUUCUCCUCUUCUUUCUCCCUCUUCCCUUGGCUUGGCACAGCAGUACGUUCGUCUUUCUUGGUGGUUAUUUCCGUCACCGCGCUUGUACUGACCGUCACAAAACACCAUGUAUAUUUUCUGCACACGACUACUAACUCAUGCUUCUGAUCUUCGCGGGCAGCCCUAUUUGCCAUAGCGCUCUUCGUAAAUACGUAUUUAAACUCAUCUCUUCUUGCAUGUGAACCACUAUUAAAUAUUCUGCAUGAUCUGAAAACUGAGGUACAAACACUUAACGUAACGCAACAGGAAAGUAUCUUUUUGUCCUUUAGAAGAAGAAAAAAAAAAGCACUCGUUUUCUGUCCUUUACUUAAAGCCAAACUUGUGGGGGUUUGUUUGUUUUUUUUAAAGAGACACUGUAAAAAUCUGCUCUCGAAAUCACCACAGUGCAUAGAUUUUUUUUUUUUUUAUAAUUCAGUUAGUGUUUAGGAUUGUGAUCAUGUAAAGAAAUUGUUUGACAUUGGUGUCUGUGCUCCUAUUAAAUUCCUUUAUAUUGGCUAUUGUUGGCCUAUGGGUAGGGAGCCAUGCUUUCCAAUGCAGGUUCCCAUGAUCCCAUUUAGUGUAUAUGUAUUCCUAUGAAAUAAAAAUACAGAAAUGAUAUAAAACUAUGCCAAACUUCCAGUUUAAUCAUGGAUGAAGGGAAACUAAGCUUUAGGCUUCAUGAUAGCAGAUUUUGAUCAUAUUCAUUAUCCUAAUGCAGAAGUCAGAAUUCUUGUCUUUCAUAAAUAAUGACUUUAUCUUGCCCCAGAAUGGCACCUUCAAAGGAUUUGAUGGCUCACUAGAGAACUUCCUUGUGCAUUACUGCAGCUAUCCGACUGCCCUACUAGCGCCACAAAACCGCUUAAUCCGUAAAAUGCAAAAUAUUUAUUUUUCUGCUAUACAAAAAAUGGAAAAAAAAAAAAAAUUACCAGGCACAGCUAAAGGUACACAACAUCCUACUGCAUGUACAAAGGGCAAGCUUCUUCUGCCAGUGUCCCAUUUAUGAAAUACGCUAACAAGCUAGAGAGCUGAGUUAAUACUCUAUAAGAGCUUAGACUGCUAACUAUAGCCCAAAUAGAUAUUGAUAUAUCACUGCUGGUAUUCACUAAGCAACAUAUCUUUAAAAAAAAAAAAGAAAAAAAAAUUCUGUAACUUCUGUCAUUUCUUUUCUCUUUUGCUGUCAGUUCCCUUGUAUGGAGGCACAUUAGCUAACAGUUAUGUCUUAAAUGCAUGAAUUGCCGCAAAUGCUUGCUGUCAAAUCAACCGUUGCCGUUACCCUGUAUACAAUAAGCAGGAAUAGAUGUCAAGAGCAGGUGUAAAUAAGUCCCAAGGCCAGCCUUGCACCAAUGUCCUUCCUGUUAUUGUUGUUGAUCCAGAAGGUGUGUGUUGUGGGUUGAUGCUGUUCCCAAAUUCUCUCUGAAGGAGGCGGGAGGGGGGGAUAUUCAAUUCUCAAUUCCUCAGCCAAUAUUUUGCCUUUGUGUAAAUGAAUUCCUGCAUAUGCUGCUUUGCUAUAAAGGUAUCUGUGGUGUUGUCAUCUAACUGAUAAGUGAGAAAGCACAUGAUUUUACCCUUUACUUAAAGAAAUUAUGUAAAAUAAAAAUAUGAAGUAAACAAA